ACCGUUCAAACUUGAUCUGGAUAAUUCCAGCGCGAAGGACUAUUGCUGCUUCAUGAUGACCCCUUCCCCACUAUGUUGGCGUACUGACUAGCUCAGCUUCUGCACUCAAGUCAAGAUGUCGACUGAUAAGAUCACCUUUUUGACCAACUGGCACGCUACGCCAUACCACGCUCCCCUCUACCUUGCUCAGAGCAAGGGAUACUUCAAGGAUGAAGGCAUCAAGGUCGCUCUGCUCGAGCCUAAUGACCCCAGUGACGUCACUGAGAUUAUCGGAUCUGGCAAGGUCGAUCUCGGUUUCAAGGCGAUGAUUCACACGCUCGCCGCCGCCGCUCGUGGCUUUCCUGUCCAGUCAAUUGGCUCUCUUCUCAACGAGCCGUUCACUGGCGUCGUAUACCUGACCUCGUCCGGCAUUAGUCCCGAUUUCACCACCCUCAAAGGCAAGAAGAUCGGCUACGUCGGCGAGUUUGGCAAGAUCCAGCUCGACGAGCUCACCGCACACUACGGCAUGUCGCCUGACGACUACCAGGCCGUCCGUGUUGGCAUGAACGUGACCCGCUCCAUCAUCACUGGCGAAAUCGACGCCGGCAUCGGUCUCGAAAACGUCCAGAUGGUCGAGCUUGAAGAAUGGCUCGUCAGCCAGAACCGCUCGCGCGAUGAAGUGAAGAUGCUACGCAUCGACGAGCUCGCCCAACUCGGCUGCUGCUGCUUCUGCAGCAUCCUGUACAUUGGUAAUAACGCUUUCAUCGAGCAGAACCCCGAAAAGGUCCGAGCCUUCCUCCGCGCAUGCAAGCGCGCGACUGACUUCGUCCUCGCGUCUCCUGAUCAAGCCUGGGAGGAGUUCUGCAACUUCAAGUCGGCUAUGAACACGCCUACCAACCGUAAGAUCUUCGAGCGCAGCUUCGCGUACUUCAGUCCCGAUCUUCAGAAUGUUCAGCGUGACUGGGAGAAGGUUACUCGUUAUGGCAAGAGGCUUGGCGUAUUGGAUGACAGCUUCAAGCCCAACUACACGAACGAGUACUUGGCUUGGGGUUUGGAGGAGGAGGCUGACGACCCCACUGGUGAUCAGAAGAGGAUGGUCGAGCUGCAGGAGGGUGUGAAACAGCAUGGAGGAUUCAAGCGACUUGAGACCAUGGCUGGCAAGACCGUCGUUGGCGCUGCUGCCCCUGCCGCUUGAUCCGUCCCUGGGCACUCGAAUUUGGAGAUGCAAUCAUUAACUCCAUCUCAACGCGUCGGAGAUCUUUGGGCUGCCGUUCAAUUGUCAGCACAAUCUCGACAUGAAGAAUGAAAUUGUCACUCGCUCAGGAUCUCUUCACUGCCCAGUGUACGUCGCUUCU